AAAAGAGAACGGGAAGCUCUGGCAAAUGUUGUUGCAGUGUGACGUUGGUUAGUUGGCGUCUUUACGAGGCUUGGUCGUGAUCUUACAUUAACUCAGGAGCAGCGCUUCUGUUUUUUCAUCAAUUGAAGUAAAUCCGUGGUCUACUAAGAAUUUUGAUAAUGGGAGCUGAAAGAGCCAGGAGUCUUCGUAGGUGGACGAAUGGAUCAAGAGGCUCUAUGAAUUGGAACAUAUUUGAAAAUAAAGCAUUUUGAUGGCAGAGAGAACAAGUCGAAGAAAACUUCAAGGAAUAUAUUGAAUUAAACAUAGGGAAAAAACGAAGACACGAUCCUGUCGCUAUAGUUUCCCAAGGAGUGUUUUCUCGCUCGGUCUUUAUUUAAUCGCCAUAGCAGAAGGGCUUUUCUUUCUCUCUUUCUUUGAGAAACAGCUGAUAAGAAGCCCUCGUGUGCCUGCGUCUCGAUGAAGGAAAGUAAAAAAAGGAAGAGUGAAGGUAGCCGAAGAGAAAUCUAUAGACCGGCCUAUCAGAAGGAGGAUUAAAAGAAGCGUGGAAAAUGGAAGCUGGCGGAGAAAUCUUUCUUAUAGAAGAAGAGAAAAGGUCGGCUACCCGGACUAUCCAAGAUGCCCCUGUACCCAGUUUUACAUAGCUACAAACACAUGCAAGUUAGUACAGAACUAUGGAAGGCCAGUUUCUGGAGAAGAUUGUCCAAUUUCUGAAGGAAGUGGAAUGGUUGUACGAUUUUCCAGUAACUCAGGUUUUUACAAGGAACGUGUUCUCCCAAAUUCCAGAAGAAUGGAGUGCUUCAUUUGUUGAUAUGACACUCAGCAGCUUGAAUGGAAUUCCAGAAUGCAACAGCCGAGUACAUUGGCCCUCUUCCUUGAGUGUGUUUCUUAAGCAGUGCAAAGAAUUGUCACUUCACCAAUGGAUUAGCAUUAACCAGCAAGAACAUUUUGUAAGAGAGUUGCCCCAAGAACUUGAAUUGCCCCCAGAGCUUUUUAAGGGGAUGUCACCUAAAAAGAAACAUGAAGUUAAAGCAAUGGUUCAGUGCGUCAAAGAACUUUGUGAUAUAACAAACUCUUCAAGAAUACUUGACAUAGGUAGUGGUAAGGGAUAUGUUGAUUCGGCUUUACAUCAUGCCUUGGGUGUCACUGUCGUGGGUGCUGAAAGUGAGGACCGCCGAGUUAGAGACGCACAAGAUAGACAAACCCUGUUGGCUGGAACCUGUGAAGGCAUCAAGCAUAUAAAAUGGCUCUUAAAAGAUGACCAAGCUACUCUUGAUAAAGCAUUAGAGAUUGUUCAAGAUUUGGUAAAUUAUAAAGCUUUAUGUACAUGCAGUUUGAAUUCUGAAAAAACUCAAAACAUCACCUUCCAGCAAGAUGUUGACACUAUAGAUAUAUCCAGUACAGAGAAAGAAGUUGUUUCUUCAGAAGAAAAAUUACAAGAAAUAUCAAAGCAGAGCAGCACAGUGUCAGAAUCAGCCUUGUUAAUUGGUCUUCAUUCUUGUGCAGAUCUUUCAUCUGUAAUGAUUAAAAUGUUUAAAUACUGUCCAAAAAUAUCAUCAGUUGUGUUGUUUUCUUGUUGUUACCAUAAAUUAGACAAUAACAUAGUGGUAAAGAACUGCUCUGAAAAAGAAAAUGUUAGCAGUGACAAAUUUGAGAGGCCAGAAGAGAUACCUGCUUUAGAUAAUGCAGAAGAUUGUGUUGACAGUGUUUUAGAAAGUAUAUAUCCUUCUUGUAGUAAUGGGACAAACACCAAGGAAAUUAAUGAGACAGACUCUAGCAUAGUCAGUUACAAGAACUUUCCAAUGAGUAAUACUUUGAAGCAAAUCAUGGAAGAUAAUUGCUUUCAUUUGAGUAUCUAUGGUUUACGGCUUGCAGCGCAAGAAUCAGGUGUUCGAUGGUUACAACACACAGAGGAAGACCAUGAAAUCCAUGAAAGAAAUGUGGUGUAUAGAGCACUGUUGGAAGUUUUUUGUCAAAAAGAAGGCUUUACUUUGAAGAAGUGCCGUAGACGCUGUGCACGGAAGUCAAAGUUUUUCAGUUUCACUGAAUACAUAACAAAUGUACUUGAAAAUUAUGAGUUCAUACCAAUUAUGAGUCAAAGUUUUUAUGGAAAAGCCGAGAGUUUCACAGUAGAGGAAUCCUUUUCAAAAACUAAAAAGGCUUCAGAAAGAGACAGUUGCUUAUCCUCAAGUGAUAACUGCAGUGUUUCAUUAACACUGCAGGAGAGACCUCCAAUGUCAAAAGAGUUCAUUAGGAAUGGUUUGGAAGCCUGUUUUACUGAAUAUAAGGGCAUGUUUUAUUUAAUUGAACCCUUGACGGGUCUUCAACUAGCCCUGCAACCAGUAUUAGAAGCAUUAGUAUUAUUAGACAGAGUAACUUACUUAAAAGAAGCAAAGUUUGAGAAAGUCUGGCUUGAAGAAGUCUUUGAUGUUGCUGUCUCACCUAGAAAUGUUGCAUUAAUUGCUGUUAGAUGACUGUUACCGUAUUUGGUGGCGUAUAAGACGGACCCCUAUUUUACAAGGAUAUUGGAAAAAACAAUUUUAGUAUGUUUCUUCAUCCACUUAUGUAAAAAUAUU